AUGUUUGCGAAGGAAUGGAGAGAAUUCAAUGAAACCGGAGAAUUAACUGACACCUUGCUGUCAGCUGUUUGGGAAAUGAACAAUAAGGGCUAUAUUGAACACAAAAAUGAGAUUUUGCCAUACAUGCAGAAGCUAGGACUCUUAGCUGACAUGGGGGAACAACAUAAUAAAUGGUAUGUUCCAUGUAUGAAUAAAAUACCAUUCCCUGCCAGUAGCUUUACAGAAUACCCUGCCUCCUCCAUCCUCUGCUACGAGUUUGAUGUUCUUCCUGCUGGCAUUUUCCAUCGCCUUGUAGCAACUUGCAUUCAGAUUCCUUGGGAAUUUUUUUCUGAUGAAGACCGAGGAUGCAUUUACCAGACUGUAGCUAUUUUCGUGUUUCCUGACCUGCACCAUAACAUCAUGGUUGGAAUGACUAAAACAGAUAUUCAAUUACAAGUGUUUGUUACAGAGGGAGAAGUUGAUGUCUCAACAUGUCACCAGAUCAGAGACAGAAUUGAAAGUAUAUUACACAAUCUUUCAAACACAUUUCAGAAUAACUCUGGAUUCCAUGUUGCAUUCAAAUGCAAACCUGCUGGAUUCUGUGACAGCAAAGAAAGCGCUGUCAUAAAGGAAUCGAAGUUUACAAGAGCGACUUUUCAGUGUCCGUCCUGUCCAGCCAGGAAAAAGCAUAAAAUUAACUCAAGCGAUGUCACAAAAUAUUGGAAACAGGAACAGCAAAAGAAGGAUGUCGACAAAGAAGGAAAACUCGAAAGUCCAGCUGAAAGACUAGAAAGAACACCAACAGAUAAGGAACUUCUGAUGGUCAGUAGACAUAUUGGGGCCAUUUUCCAAUUAAUUGGGAUUGGACUAGAAGUAGACAGUGCUACAGUUGAACAAAUAAAGAUUGAUUACCAGAGUCAAGGUGUGCGGACACAGAUUUUCAAAAUUCUUGAUACCUGGAGAAAGAAGGAGGGGAGACAAGCUACUGUGAGGAAGCUCCUUGAAGUCAUCAAAGAUUUCAGAGGGGAAGUGGAUUUUGGGGAGAUAGAAAGAGUUUUUAAUCCAUGAUGUAUAUGAAAUAUGAACAUUUGAAUUAGUCACUGAUUGUAUUUAGAGCAUUGUCAAAGUGUCUUUUAUCAUUUCAAUAUCAUAGUUUUAUGAACAUGCAUUGUGCGCAUGUAUGUACUUAUCAAUACUUUGUCUUUGCUCAUUUUUAUGUCCCCCUUCUAAGAAGGGAGGGCAUAUUGCUUUGAUGCUGUCUAUCAGUCAGUCUGUCGGUUGGUCCACCAACAGUUUUUGUUCAUUUUCUUCGCAGAGGUUGCACAUACUGAAAUGAAAUUUGGUAUACAGAUUUAUCAUAAGAAUAUCUAGGUCAAGUUCUGUUUUGGGUAUGAUCGAGCAAUUUUUGACAGAGUUAUGACCCUUGAACAUAGAAAAAUUCCAAUUAUUUCGGGGG